CGUAUCGAGCACUCCUCGACGUCAAAUCACCAUCUCCAAAUUUCGCUAUCAAAGGUUGCAAUAACGAAGCAAAUAGGCGUGAUAACUCCCCGCUGCCGUCGUUCUUCCCAAAAGCGAAAUGAUCAUACUGUUCCGCCGGUGAGAACGGUCAGACGCGGCACAUAACGUUGUUAGUCACAGGGAAUGCUGUCUGUUCAAAACGAGGAUGCGCCUGUCGAAAUGUCAGAUAUAUAUAUAGUAUAUAUAUAUAUAUAUAUAUAUAUCGGAAGAAGACUGGGACGGAUACCAAGGAGAAAGACCAGCAAUGCAAUCCAGGAUAUUCCAGGGAUUGCGAACAAAGCGCAUUAUGCCGUUUCGGUUGAGAACGUAGCAGUCCAACGGUCAGGCAGCAAACACGGUGGCACGUUUCUCGGCGGAACAGAUCUCGCUGCUCCGUCUCUUUACGCUUGCGCGGCCAGGGCGUCGAUGAGGAUAUUGACAUUUACCGUCGGAUGUCACGCUCCAGUCCAUGAGAGCCAUACACCGUACAUACUAACCACCUACAUCUAUAAAGAUGAACGUUUGCGCAUCGCGCCCGAGGAUAAGCACUGCAAAGUGAUGAUUUUACCGAGGCAGCGCGUUGGACGAUCGCAGAGUCGACGCACUGAGUAUCUCUAACAAAGUCUGACUUUCAAGAAAAGGGUAUCGACGCGUAAAAAGUCUU